GCCGGGGCCGCCCCGCUGCGGGUGACGCGGGCGCCGGGGCGGCUCGUCCACCUGCUCGCGCCGCGCCCAGGUGAGCCGGGCGGCGCGUCGUGCGGCCACGCCCCGCGCUUUCCUCUUCCUGCGGGCGAGCGCGGCCAGGGGCGCCGGCGGCGGCUGGGUGACGAUGAAUAACCCUAUACCUUCCAAUUUGAAAUCAGAAGCAAAAAAGGCUGCUAAGAUUCUAAGAGAAUUCACAGAAAUAACUUCCAGAAAUGGCCCUGAUAAGCUCAUUCCUGCCCAUGUGAUUGCCAAAGCAAAGGGUCUUGCAAUCCUGUCUGUGAUUAAAGCUGGAUUUCUGGUAACUGCCAGAGGAGGCAGUGGAAUUGUGUUGGCUCGUCUUCCAGAUGGAAAGUGGUCUGCACCCUCAGCCAUUGGGAUUGCCGGGCUCGGUGGAGGAUUCGAAAUAGGAAUUGAGGUGUCAGAUUUGGUCAUCAUUUUGAAUUACGACAGAGCAGUAGAAGCUUUUGCAAAGGGCGGCAACCUGACUCUUGGAGGGAAUUUCACUGUGGCAGUUGGGCCCUUAGGAAGGAAUUUGGAGGGAAAUGUUGCCCUCAGAAGCUCUGCAGCUGUCUUUACAUACUGCAAAUCAAGGGGACUCUUUGCUGGCAUAUCUUUGGAAGGUAGCUGUUUGAUUGAAAGGAAAGAAACUAAUCGAAAAUUUUAUUGCCGAGAUAUCCGUGCUUACGAUAUUUUGUUUGGAGAUAUACCACGGCCUGCCCAAGCUGAAGAUCUUUAUGAGAUUCUUGAUUCUUUUACUGAAAAGUAUGAACACGAAGGACAGCGCAUCAAUGCAAGAAAAGCAGCAAAGGAGCAGAGGAAGCCUGCUAGAGAGUUACCUCCAGAACCUUUGUCAAGACCCCAGCGUUCCUCUGCACAGGUCCAAGUGAACUCUGAUUCUCAAAAUACCAGAAAUGAAUAUAAGCUUUAUCCUGAACUUUCUGGCUUUGGUGAAAGACUUGGCUGUUCAAGUCAACCCAUAGAAGUGACAGCACUGUACUCUUUUCAAGGACAACAGCCAGGGGAUUUGAAUUUUCAAGCUGGAGACAAGAUCACUGUUAUAUCAAAAACAGAUUCCCAUUUUGACUGGUGGGAAGGAAAGCUUCGAGGUCAAACUGGCAUUUUUCCAGCCAACUAUGUUACCAUGAAUUAAUGUUUGUGUUAUUUUCUUCAAGUUUACAUUAUUUUCUUCUUUGAGAACAACAGAAAAAUUAUUUCUAUACUGGAAGUAUUUACUGUAAGUUAUGUGAUGUUUGAUAUAAGUGUAGAAAUACUUAUUUCAAAAACUUGAUUCAGAUUUUCUCUCUAUAUAAAUAAGUGGCUGACUUGAUAUCUUUAAAUACUUUGUACUAAUUUUAUCACAUUUACUCUAUAAUGAUACCUAGCUCCUUUUCAAGCAUCACUAAACUUAAUUUAAUUAUUUAGGUGGUAAUUUUAUUCUAAUUUGGGAAU